AGUACCCACUCGGCCACUCGUGCUCGUGCUCGUGCCGUGGCUUGACUGCGCGGAUAACAAAAAAUAAACCGUCGCCAGCGCUACAAAAUGGCCCACGCCGCCGCAGCCACGGGCACUCCGCUCCAGCAUCCAGCGCUCCGCUGCCCGAGCCGUGGUCGCUCCGCCUCGGCCUCGACCCGCGCCGGCCUCGGCCUCCACCGCCGCCGCCGCAGCCGGAGGGCGACGCUCGCCGCGCGCGCGAUGGCACAGACGUCGACGGCGGCGGCUCCUCCGGGGCUGAAGGAGGGCAUCGCGGGGCUGUACGACGAGUCCUCCGGCGCGUGGGAGAGCAUCUGGGGCGACCACAUGCACCACGGCUUCUACGACGCCGGCGAGGCCGCCACCAUGUCCGACCACCGCCGCGCCCAGAUCCGCAUGAUCGAGGAGGCCCUCGCCUUCGCCGCCGUCCCCGAUGAUGGGGAGAAUAAACCCAAGACCGUAGUCGAUGUUGGCUGUGGCAUUGGUGGUAGCUCAAGAUACCUGGCAAAGAAAUACGGAGUGCAAUGCUACGGCAUCACGUUGAGUCCUGUGCAGGCUGCAAGAGGAAACGCCCUCGCAGCGGAGCAAGGGUUAUCGGACAAGGUCUCCUUCCAAGUUGGUGAUGCAUUGGAGCAGCCUUUUCCUGAUGGGCAGUUUGAUCUUGUCUGGUCCAUGGAGAGUGGCGAGCACAUGCCAGAAAAACCGAAGUUUGUAAGCGAGCUGGCACGCGUCGCAGCUCCUGGAGGGAGAAUAAUCAUCGUGACCUGGUGCCAUAGGGACCUUGAGCCAUCCGAAGACUCGCUGAAACCUGAUGAGCUGAAUCUUUUGAAAAGGAUAUGCGAUGCAUAUUACCUCCCAGACUGGUGCUCUCCUUCUGAUUAUGUCAAAAUUGCCAAGUCACUGUCCCUUGAGGAUAUCAGGACAGCUGAUUGGUCAGAGAACGUCGCCCCAUUCUGGCCUGCGGUUAUAAAAUCAGCUUUGACAUGGAAAGGCUUAACCUCUCUGCUAAGAAGUGGGUGGAAGACGAUAAAAGGUGCAAUGGUGAUGCCUCUCAUGAUCGAAGGAUAUAAGAAAGGCCUCAUCAAAUUCACCAUCAUCACCUGUCGCAAGCCCGAAACAGCGUAGGAUGGGCAAGAUACUCUUGUUCCACCGCGAAUAAUGUACCUCCCGGAUGGCGAUUUGUUGAUUAGGGAAAUAACCAGUGCAUUAUUACCACAUCAUUGAUUUGUACACGUCAGACCUAAAAAAAAGGUAAUAAAUGCGUUCUCCAAAUGUCCAAUACAUCGAGAAAUUCUCAGAUCAGAUCAACAGCGUCAGUUCCUGA